GAUGGGGUGAGGGGGGGCAUUUAUAUCUCUGCCUGACUCAGAACGCUCACACUGAAUUAUGGACACCUCAGGCUACAGCAAGUGGGGCAGCGGGUUCCAGGAAAACCUGUCAGGGCCCUGGGAACGCUGGGGAUGCAGAGCCCUUCUCCUGGCCCUGGUUCUCUCGGCCACCGCAGUCCUGUGGGUCGUCAUUCUGAGUGUCCUGUUGUCCAAGGCUUCCACAGAGUGUGGGUUGCUGCACAGUCAACAAAACCAGUUGGAGACCAAUGUCUCAAAGCUGACAAUGGUGCUGGGCGCUCUGCAGGAGGAGUUUGGAGCCAACAAAAUAAAAUGCCAGUCUACACAGGUGCAGCUGCAGACAGCCAGCAAGGAGCUGAAGGAGGCUCAGGGGAAGCUGCUGGAACAGCAGAGCGCCCUGAGAGACCUGAAGGAGCAGAUGACCCAGGGUUUGGCUGAAGCUUCCAGGGACCGGGAGGACAUCCGAACUGAGCUCUUCAGGAUGAUAGAAUCCAUCCAAUCUGGAAAUGCCUCCUGCGAGCAGUGCCCCACAUCCUGGCUGCCCUUCCAAGGCUCCUGCUACCUUUUCUCGAGGGAAUGGGCCACCUGGGAUGAGGCACAGAAACACUGCCUGGAGGCUGGGGGGCACCUGGUGAUUAUUGGUGGCAUGAAUGAGCAGAGCUUCCUUGUUCAGCAUAUUGGUGACCGAGGUCACUGGCUGGGACUCAGGGCUGUGCGUCAGAGGAGCCGGAUACAGAGCUACCAGUGGGUGGAUGGAGUCCCACUCAGCUUCAGUCACUGGAACCGGGGGGAGCCCAGUGACUCUCAGGGACGCGAGGACUGUAUCAUGAUGCUGAACACGGGAUUGUGGAAUGAUGCACCAUGCACUUUGCGAGACAACUGGAUCUGUGAGAAGAGGCGCACCUGCUGACUCUGCCCAUAUUCCCGGAGCCAUGCCCACUUCCACUCCUGCCAUCCCCAGAGGAGCUUGGAAAACUGGUCCCACCCACUUUCCCCCAUUGAUUUUCCAUCAACUAAUAAAAAAUAAAUAAGCAAACAAACAAACAGAA